AUGAACACAUUUCAACAUUUACUUAUGUGUCUGUACAAACAAAUAUCGAUAAUCCCGAAGUCAAUCGAACAAGAGUUAGCUGAAGCAAUGCAAGCGAAUUUGUCUCAACAAUUUCAACAACAGCAGCACGAGUCUCAACAAGAGAGACAACAAUUGGAACAACGAAUAGAGAUACUUCAACAGCAGCUACGACAACUGCAACAAUCGUCAAUACCUGGACAUCAAGCACCACAACAAUCGUCAUCGGCAAUUGAAGAACAGCAGCAAUUGCCUGACUAUCCAUUAGAAAUACCAAUAGAACAGCAGCAACAUGCUGACGUGUCAUUACCUCAACCUUCGAUUAGACAAGUGCCACAAAAUCCGACUCUAGGAAGACGCACUCGACAAAGAUUACUUCGUUUGGUUCGAUUGGGUAAUCGUCGUAUUCGAAAACGGCCACGUGCGCGAUUUCUUUUUUCGUCAGAUACCGAAUAG